AUGAAAGAACACUAUCCCUAUAGCAUCCAAAGGGCGAUUCUUCGGGGACUCGACCGGUAUUACGACUUUUUGAGCUGGACAGAAGGUACAAUACAUAUCCAAUCGAUUGUCGAAGUUCAUGUUAAAAUCGAGAACCGGGACGGUGUCGCCAAGCCAGAAGACAUCUUGAAUUUAAUUGAGUGCCACCAGAAGCUGAUCCGAUGGGUGAGCAAAACCCUGGUCCCAGGCCAACCGGAAAGGGCAUUAUCCUACGGGAUGCAGCAGAAUACACGGUCACAUGCUUGGUACAUCAAAUUGGCACGUGACGCGUUGAUGUCCAACAUCCGUGGAAUCCUCCUACAUUCAUUAGAAGCAAUCCUUGACCUUCACUCUAAAAUUCAUUUCAACGACCGUGUUGCCACACCAGAAGACACCAUCAAUUUAUUGAAGCACUACCAGGGGCUUACCAGUAUGGUGACCAGCAAACCAGUCACCGUUGUUAGUCAAUCAGAAGCUUCAGCCCAGGAAUUUCUGGAUAAUCUCAAAGGGGCACUUGAAAAACUGACGGCCCAGCUGUGUCAAAUGAUGGAUCCAUUUAAACUUAGUGACUUAACCCCAGAUCCAGUGGAAGUAGACGCUUACAACAUCCAAAAAGCAAUUCUUCGAGAGAUCACUGAUAAUUAUAAGGGUUCCAGGAGACUUCAUGGUACAAAAUUAAUUGAAUGGAUCGUCACACUUCACAAUAGAAUUGAAAACCGGAGAGGUGUUGCCAAACCAUACGAAACUGUGCAAUUAAUCAAGUACCACCAGGAGCUUAUCCAAUGGGUGAACCAAAACCUGCGCCCAGGUCAACCUUUAACACACUUUCAAACGGCUGGGCAACAGGAACACGCUUGGUACGUUGAAAGUGCACGCGUCGUGUUAACAACCACACUGCGUGGAAUCCUCCUACGUCCAUCAACAGGCCAUCCCGAUAUUUCCCCAUAG